CACUUCUUUCUCCAACAUCUAUUACUUGUUGAAGUUGCAUAAGCAUGGCUUCAUCAACCUUUUCUUCUUUGUUUAAGCUCUCAACUUUUACAUUAUGUUUAUUGGUUUUGUUUGCACCUAGUUCUGGUCAGCUAACUGCCAAUUUCUAUGCUAGAACGUGCCCAAAUUUCCGUUCUAUUAUAACUAGAGCUGUCAAUACGGCUGUGGCAAAUGAAGCUCGCAUGGGAGCCUCGUUGCUUCGCCUUCAUUUCCAUGAUUGCUUUGUUAAUGGAUGUGAUGCAUCCGUGUUAUUGGACGAUACCGCGAAUUUCACCGGAGAAAAAACAGCAGGCCCGAAUAGCAACUCGAUUAGAGGUUUCAACGUCAUCGAUACAAUCAAAACCCAAUUGGAGCGCCAGUGUCCUGGUGUUGUUUCUUGUGCGGAUAUAUUAGCUGCGGCUGCUAGAGAUUCCGUUGUGGCUCUUCGUGGGCCUGGGUGGAACGUUUUGUUCGGAAGAAGGGACUCAACAACAGCAAGUUUAAGUGCUGCAAAUUCUAAUCUUCCUUCACCAACUUCUAGUCUUAGUACCCUCAUUUCAUCUUUUUCAAACCAAGGGUUUACUGCUAAUGAAAUGAUAGCUCUAUCAGGAGCUCAUACAAUUGGUCAAGCGAGGUGCACCACAUUCCGUAAUCGUCUCUACAAUGAGAACAACAUUAAUGCAUCGUUUGCUGCGGCAUUGAGACCGAAUUGUCCAUCGAGUGGUGGUGACAACAAUCUCUCACCACUAGACUCUACUGCUACAUCUUUCGAUAACCGAUACUUUAAUGAUUUGAUUAACCAAAGGGGAUUACUGCAUUCUGAUCAAGAGUUGUUUAAUGGAGGUUCGGCGGAUGCACAAGUGAGGACCUAUAGUUCGAAUCCGGCUACUUUUAACCGUGAAUUUGCAAGUGCAAUGGUGAAGAUGAGCAACCUUGGUCCAUUAACAGGCUCAAGUGGUCAAGUUAGGACCAAUUGCAGAAGAACGAAUUAAAUAAACUCGUAUCAUUAUAGCAAUUAAAAACAAACUAAAGCCUAUUGAACUGUUUGAGAAGCUGAAAUACGAUAAGAUAUUCAACGGAUAAUGUUUAUUUUCCUUUCUAAGUUUCAUAUGUUUUUUUAUCUGGUUUUGAGUUCAUGAAGUUGUAACUUGUGCCAAUUGUUGUGUUGUAAUAGUUGAAGGCGUUUUGCAAAUGUAUGCCAACCAGUAAGGUUUAAUCCGCGCUCUGUCACGGAAUAUAAUGUAUGUCAAAAAAUCUUCUUUGAUGUUAAAAUAAAAUGCAAAACUUUAUUUUUUUUUA